AUCGCACUUGAGGACAUCGGAGAUUAAGCGCUAACCCCAUCUCCGGCUCAGAUAAGCUCUUGUCUCCACUCCGAGGCUCUUGAUGCUCCGACUUGUUUCUUGGACUCGAGAUACUUUCGUUUGUACAUACACAUACCUCUCCUCACAUACAAGAUGAGUUCACCGCCUGGUGGCCAGUCAGAAACCUCUGCAUCACAACGCAGCCCAAUUUAUGCCCCAGCGACCGAAGACGAUUGGGAAGACGAAGACGAUGACGACAUGGAUUUUGAAGACGAAGAUGGCACCGAGUACGCGACUGGAGACGAAAUCUACCUUGCAGGCUCAGACGACUUGGAUGGCACCGAGUUCUAUGACGCCGACGAAGGACUCGGCCCAGUCAUGAUCGACUUCGAAACGACUGACGAUGACGAUGAAGGCAGGGAAACCUCGACAGACGCACCAUCGACGACCAACGAGAAUGAGGAGGAAGGUUCACAGGCAGAAACAGCACGACCGCAGCCUCAACAGCGGACAAUCGCUCUCACGCAGCAGCAGAUUCUACAACUACUCGGAAACACUGGACUUCGAGGAUUGUUUGCAAACGUUGUCAAUCAGCAAAGAGGCGGGCUUGCUGCCGAUGAUGAUGACGAUGACGACGACUAUCUUGGCUGGCAUGCCAUGGGAAGAAGGUCAAGACGACCUAGGAGAGAAGGUGCUGGAUAUCCCAAAGUGCCGAGCGAGGCUGGCAAGAAGCUGAUGGAGUCUGGAACUUUCGGCACCACUGAGCGACCGCAAGGGACCUUCGGCCGCAAGAGGAAGCUGGCAUACCGAAACAUGAUGCGUGAGCUCGGAGUGGGCGGCUAUGGUGCUCAAAGGAGUGCCAACAGACUCAUAUCCCAGACCAUGAUACCCUCAACACAGGCCGACAGCAUCAUCAAUUACAACCACCGCUGUUACUCUGGACAAUUCUCGGAUGAUGGCAACUUCUUCUUCUCCUGUGCUCAGGACUUCAAGGUUCGUAUGUACGAUACCUCCAACCCGUAUAAAUGGAAGUACUAUAAGACGGCGCAUUAUUAUGGCGGUCAAUGGACUAUUACCGAUGCGACCUUGAGUCCGGACAACAGAUUCCUGGCCUACAGUUCCAUCAGAAGUGCCGUCUGUCUUUCUCCUACCGACCCGGACAAUACAAUGGAUCCCACGAUACUUGAUUUUGCCGACAUGGGGCAAGCUCGAAGAACUGGACGUGGUUGGGGUCACUUCGGUAUUUGGUCUCUCCGAUAUUCUGGUGAUGGGCGUGAAAUUGUUGCCGGUACUUCUGAUGAGAGUGUCUACGUUUAUGACAUCGAAACGCGACAAUCAAUUCUUCGAAUUCAUGGUCACAGGGAUGAUGUCAACGCUGUUUGCUAUGGAGACAAGACCUCGCCGCAUAUCCUUUAUUCCGGAUCAGACGAUACGACGUUAAAGGUCUGGGAUCGACGAUCGAUGGGCGAUGGUCGUGAAGCUGGUGCUUUUGUUGGCCACACAGAGGGAAUCACCUACAUCGACAGCAAAGGCGACGGCAGAUACGUCCUCAGUAACGCCAAAGAUCAAACCAUGAAGCUGUGGGACUUACGCAUGAUGAUGUCAACAGAGCGAUUCGACAAGAUUGAUCCAGAAGCACAUACAACAGGUUUCGACUACCGCUUUGCACCAUACGACGAAGAAGAGUACGAAGCUCAUCCCCAUGACUGCAGUCUGGUAACCUUCCGAGGGCAUAAAGUGCUCAAGACUCUUAUCAGAUGUCACUUCUCGCCACCGGGCAGCACAGAUGGUCGAUAUGUGUACAGUGGAAGUCACGACGGCUCGGUGUACAUCUGGAACAUGGAUGCCACAUUAGCUGGCAAGAUUGACGUACUGGAAGCAACAAGGAAUUCGCGGCCAGAGCGUGAUGAGCGAUACGUAGAUCGCUGGGAGCACGGUGGAGGUCGCAGCCAAUGGAGCACCAUCGUGCGAGACGCAAGUUGGCAUCCCACAGCUCCAGUCGUUGCUGCCACGUCAUGGAACGGAUGGGAUCACGGCCUAGGAACGUGUACCGUCCACAGCUGGAACGACGGCAACGAAUCCGACGAGGGAGAGCCAAAAAUGGGAGCCCGACUGAAUCCUCAACUCGAACAAGAUAGCCGAUACUACGAAGCAGCCAACACAGCGGCAGCUACCCGAAGGUCAAGAUUCGUAACACGAGCACAGAUGGCUAGAAAUGAGGAGCAAGCGGAAGAGUAG